AAAAAAAAAUUAUUUUUAUCUCCCAUGAAACCCAAAACGCUCCAAAAUUUCUUCAGAGUUCACUCCUUUUCUAGUUAUUCCCCAAUUCCCACCAUUGGAAUCCUCGAGAAAGCAGAUAGCAUGAUUUUGCCUGAGUUUAGCAUCUUGUUUGAGUAGUUUCCGGCUUCUUCGUUGAGAAAUAAUUUUCAGUUUCAUUAAGAAUCUUGUUUGAAUAUGGGGGAUUUGAUUACACAAUCUCGUUAUAAUGGAUUUAACGGAGAGCUUGUCAAGCCUUCUAAAGGUGCUUUCGCAUGUAUGAUUAAUUCUGAAAUUGGGGCUGUUCUGGCUGUCAUGAGGAGAAAUGUCCGAUGGGGAAUCCGUUAUGUUGCAGAUGAUGAUCAGCUGGAGCACUCUCUCAUCCAUUCCUUGAAAGAAUUGCGGAAACAAAUUUUCUCAUGGGGAUAUCAGUGGCAAAAUGUUGAUCCAAUUGUGUACCUUAAGCCGUUUUUGGAUGUAAUUAAAUCUGAUGAAACUGGUGCACCGAUAACUGGUGUUGCCUUGUCUUCCAUUUAUAAAAUCCUGACCAUCGAUGUACUUGACUUGGAUACUGUAAACGUGGAAGAAGCUAUGCAUCUGAUUGUAGAUGCUGUGACGAGUUGCCGGUUUGAGGUAACCGAUCCAGCUUCUGAAGAAGUGGUACUAAUGAAGAUACUUCAAGUUCUUUUAGCUUGCAUGAAAAGUAAGGCUGCAACUAGGUUGAGUAAUAAGCAUGUAUGCAUGAUAGCAAAUACAUGCUUUCGUAUUGUUCAUCAAGCAAACUCCAAAGGUGAACUGUUGCAACGGAUAGCUCGGCAUACAAUGCAUGAACUGAUUAGGUGUAUUUUCUCACAUCUUUCUGAGAUCAGCAGCACUGAACAUGAGAUGGCUAACGGAAGCUUGUUAUCUACUUCUGGAGUGGUGGGUACACAAAAUGGGAAUCUUGUUCUUGGAAGUACACAGGUAGAAAAUGGAAAUGUUGGUACCAUUUGUGAUGGUCCAUCCUCUCUUGCUGCUGAUACUUCUAGUCCUCCAAUGGUGCAGGCCAGUUCUGAAUCCGACACAAUUAAGUCUGGCGAAAGGGAAGAGAAGGAGGACACCCUACAUGAUGAAAGAUUGAUGUCCGCACCUUUUGGGAUCCCAUGCAUGGUGGAGAUAUUUCAGUUUUUGUGUUCUCUGUUGAAUGUCAUUGAAAAUAUUGGUAUUAGCCCUAAAUUGAAUCCCGUAGCAUAUGAUGAAGAUGUUCCACUCUUUGCCCUGGGUUUAAUUAAUUCAGCUAUAGAAUUGGGUGGGCCAUCAUUCAGCAAGCAUCCCAAGUUAUUGGCUAUAAUUCAGGAUGAAUUGUUUCGUAAUCUGAUGCAAUUUGGCUUAUCCUUGAGCCCGCUUAUUCUUUCUACUGUGUGUAGCAUCGUUCUCAAUCUCUAUUAUCAUUUGCGCUCUGAACUAAAAGUGCAGCUCGAAGCUUUCUUUUCGUGCGUGCUUUUGAAGCUUGCACAAAGCAAGCACGGGUCUUCUUACCAACAGCAGGAGGUUGCUUUGGAAGCUUUGGUCGACCUUUGUCGGCAGCAGACAUUUGUGGCUGAGAUGUAUACUAAUUAUGAUUGUGACAUAACUUGCAGUAAUGUUUUUGAAGACAUUGUCAACCUGUUGUCAAAGAGUGCAUUUCCCGUGAAUGGACCUUUGUCUGCAAUGCAUAUCCUUGCUCUGGAUGGUUUGGUAUCUACAGUGAAGGGUAUGGCUGAGAGAAUCGGCAACGAAUUGCCUAUAUCGAAUGAGGCAUUGGCAGAUUGUGAGGGAUAUGAAGCUUUCUGGACAUUGAAAUGUCAGAACUACGGUGAUCCUAAUUAUUGGAUUCCUUUUGUCCGAAAGAUGAAGAACAUCAAGAGAAAGUUGGAAAUCGGUGCUGAUCAUUUUAAUCGAGAUCCCAAGAAAGGUCUGGAAUUUCUCCAAGGAAUCCAUCUAUUACCUGAUAAGCUUGACCCAGAAAGUGUAGCAUCAUUCUUUAGGUACACAACUGGGCUAGAUAAGAAUCUUAUCGGAGAUUUUCUAGGAAAUCAUGAUGAAUUUUGUGUUUGGGUGCUUCAUGAAUUUGUGAAGACCUUCGAUUUUAGUGACAUGAAUCUAGAUUCAGCAUUACGUGUUUUCUUGGGAACUUUCAGAUUGCCUGGAGAGUCACAGAAGAUACAGAGAGUGCUCGAGGCAUUUGCUGAAAGAUAUUACGAGCUAUCACCACAUAUAUUUUGUAAUAAAGAUGCUGCCCUCUUGUUGUCGUAUUCGCUUAUAAUGCUUAACACAGAUCAACACAAUGUACAGGUUAAGAAAAAGAUGACUGAAGAAGAUUUUAUCCGUAACAAUCGACUCAUCAAUGGUGGGAAAGAUCUUCCUCGAGAGUACUUGUCUGAGCUUUACCACUCUAUCUGUGAGAACGAAAUUCAGAUGAUCCCUGAUCAAGGUGCUGGUUUCUCAGUAAUGACAUCAGGCCGCUGGAUUAAUGUGGUUCACAAAUCCAAAGAAAGCACCCCUUUCAUUGCAUGUGAUUCUAGAGCACUCCUUGACCUUGAUAUGUUUUCUAUCUUGUCUGGUCCCACGAUUGCUGCUAUAUCUGUGGUUUUUGAUCAAGUGGAACAUGAAGAUGUUUUACAAAUGUACAUCGAGGGAUUCUUGGCUGUUGCCAAAAUUUCAGCGCACUAUCACUCCGGUGAUGUAUUGGAUGAUUUGGUCGUGUCUCUUUGUAAAUUUACGAACCUAUCAACUCCAUUGUCCAUUGAAGAGGCCAUUGUUUCCUUCGGAGAUGAUGCCAGAGCGAGGAUGGCGACAACAACAGUUUUCACUAUAGCAAAUAGCUAUGGUGAUUGUAUCCACAGUGGCUGGAAAAACAUAUUGGACUGUGUCUUAACCUUGCACAAGCUUGACCUUCUACCUACCCAUUUAGCUAGUGAUGCAACUGAUGAAAUCGAGUCCUCGUCUGACCAUGAGCACGGUAAGCCUGCUACAAGUUCUAUACAAAGAUCACAGACAGCACCUGCGGCCAUUCCCCAGAAAUCUUCGAGCCUGAUUGGACGGUUCAGUCAAUUCCUAUCCUUUGAUAUGGAAGAGCCACAGUUGUACCCAACCGAGGAAGAGCUCGCUGCUCAACAGCAUCUUCGUGAGAUAGUACAGGAAUGCCACAUCGAUAAUAUAUUCAUGGAGAGUAAGUUUCUCCAAGCAGAGUCUUUAUUGCAACUUGUUGAUGCCAUUAUCUUGGCUGCAGAUCGAUUCAGCAAAGGAAUCAGGGUCAUUGAAGAUGAAGACACUUCAGUCUUCUGCCUGGAGUUGUUGAUCACUAUCACACUGAAUAACCGGGAUAGAAUUUUGAUAAUCUGGCAAAAGGUGUACAAGCACAUAUCGGAUAUUGUCCAGCAGAAGGCAGUACCAUGCACUCUAGUUGAAAAAGCUGUGUUUGGGCUCCUUAAGAUAUGCCAGCGCUUGCUUCCUUAUAAGGAAAAUAUAACUGAUGAGCUUCUAAAGUCCAUGCAACUAAUAUUGAAACUUGAUGCUUGGGUUGCUGAUGCGUAUUGUGGACCUAUCACGCUAGAAGUCAUGCAUCUCGUGAAAGCAAAUGCAACUCACAUCAGAUCCCAUUUGGGUUGGCGUACGAUCAUCUCCUUGUUAUUUAUCACCGCUCGACAUCCAGAAGCAUCUGAGUUCGGAUUCGAGGCACUAGCAUUCAUCAUGUCUGAGGGGGCGCAUCUUUUGCCGUCUAAUUAUGUUCUUUGCGUGGAUGCGGCAAGGGAGUUUGCCGAGUCUCGGGUCGCAGAGGUUGAUAGGUCCAUUUCUGCCCUAGACAUGAUGGCAGGUUCAGUUGUUUGUCUAGUAAGAUGGUCUAACGAGGCUCGGAGUGCUGUGGAAGAGGAGGCUGCUAUGAAAGUAAGUCAGGACAUUGGAGAGAUGUGGCUGAGGGUGGUGCGUGGACUGAGGGCAGUAUGUUUGGACCAGAGGGAAGAGGUGAGGAACCAUGCCGUUUUAAUGUUACAGAGUUCUUUAGGAGGGGUAGACGGAAUUCAGAUUCCAAAUGCUAUGUGGUUCCAUUGUUUCGACCAUGUGAUUUUUUCAUUGAUGGAUGAUUUGCUAGAAAUUGCACAGGGGAGCUCCUCAAAAGAAUACCGGAAAAUGGAGGGUACACUUGUUUUAGCCACAAAAUUACUGUUGAAAGCUUUCUUACAGUCACUGCAGGAUCUAUCACAGCAACCAUCCUUCUGCAAAUUAUGGCUUGGGGUUCUCGAUCGUAUGGAGAGAUGCAUGAAAGUCAAGUUCCGAGGGAAACGUAGUGAGAAAAUGCAUGAAUUCGUCCCUGAGCUUCUCAAGAACACCCUGCUGGUGAUGAAGACUACUGGGGUGCUUGUGCCGAGUGAUGAUCUCGGUGGAGAGAGUUUCUGGCAAUUGACAUGGCUGCAUGUGAAGAAAAUUGCCCCAUCUUUGCAAUCCGAAGUGUUCAUGGAACAAGAACUGGAGCAGGUACAAGCAAAACAACAAAAGACAACCAAUCUUCCAUCGACCGAUGGGGCGUUGCUCAUACCAUCAAGCGAAUCCGAAGUGUUCACAGAACAAGAACUGGAGCAGGUACAAGCAAAACAGCAAAAGACACAGUCAGAAAAUCCCAGACCAUAAAUCUCUUUGAAGAUGAUGUAAAAUCCAUUCCAUACAUGUUUACCAUUGCAAAAUCUCAGAAAGUCCAGAACUGAAGCCAUGGAAAAGGGAAACUUGAUAGUUUGGUUGUGGCAACUUCAUAUUUUCUGUUGUAGUCGAACUUGGAUCCGGAGGUCCGACCAGUUCAGUACACUGUCCUAUUUUUUAUUCCUUGAUUCGAAGAGUUUGCAGGUAGAGUUGCCAUUUGUUCUACAAACAAAAGGGAUUAGAGUUUGAUAAAUUUUGUUUUGGCACAUAAAAUCUCUUUGACCAGAAACCAUUUUCUUUGUAUACUAUACAUAUUAAUAAAUUUUGUACCAACAUGUUUUAA